AUUGAAACUGAAUCUUGAUCCCAACUACAUACAAGCUACUGUCUUUUGAAUCUGCAUGAUGCCUCCAACUCUAACCAAUACCAGUUCAUCUGAUUUGAUUUCCCAACCUUGGGGAGGACCCCCUGUGGUGAUUUCCAUAGCCAUCUUCAGCCUCACUUUCUUGUUGGGACUGCCAGGCAAUGGCUUGGUAUUCUGGGUGACUGGAUUAAAGAUGAAGCGAACAGUGAAUACAGUAUGGUUCCUCCACCUCACCGUGGCUGACCUCCUCUGCUGCCUCUCCAUGCCCUUUUCCAUUACUCACUUAGUCCUCCAAGGUUAUUGGCCUUAUGGUUGGCUUUUAUGCAAGCUCAUCCCUUCCAUCAUCAUCCUCAAUAUGUCUGCCAGUGUCUUCCUACUUACAGCCAUCAGCCUUGACCGCUGUAUUGUAGUGCUCCACCCAAUAUGGUGCCAGAAACAUCGAACUGUGAGGAUGGCCUUCGCCUUCUGCGCAGGCAUCUGGGUCCUGGCUUUUGCAAUGUGUAUGCCCGUAUUCUUGUACCGAGAAACCUUUACUGAGGACAACUAUACUAUGUGUGACUAUAAUUUUGAGAUGUACAGUUCGCCAGAUAUUUUCUUUAGCCCUAGCCUUCAAAGAGGAGGCUUUUCUGAGUUGACUGGGACAAUGGAAGAUAUCUUACAUCUUUCCUCUUCCAGAGGGGAUGCUUAUCCCUGGUUUUCUACCACCACUGGUACACCCAGAACUUCUGUUUUCUUCUAUUCCAAAAUCACUGGAAGUCAUUCUGGUAGUACACCCCCAAUGGAUUCAGUUAGGUUUUAUAGUUAUCGCCCUUUUUCUGACUCAUCAGAACUGCUGGGGAAACUUCCUCAUACUGAAUCACCUACGAUUCCCAUAGUUUUACCUGAGUUUAACAGUAAUGAUUCCAUUACUGAUACCCUGGGAAACUCUGAUGUUUUACUCUAUGACGAUGCAAAAGCUUUACUUGAAGCUACUGGCAAUCCUUUAGAUAUACCUGAGGUGACAGAUAGUUUCUUGGAUUUUUAUAGUAUUUAUUUCAAUGAGACCCAACCACCGACACCAUUGAUGGUGAUCACAAUCACAAGAUUUGUGGUAGGCUUCCUUCUGCCCCUUAUCAUUAUGGCAGUCUGUUAUACCCUCAUCAUUUUCCGUUUAAGCAGAGGUCCCUUUGCUAAAUCCAGGGGCAAAACCCUAAGAGUGGCUAUAGUGGUAGUGAUCACUUUUUUUGUCUGCUGGACUCCAUAUCAUAUUGUUGGGAUCUUGCCACUGUUUGCAUCUCCCUAUUCUCCACUUAAGAAAGAGGUGAUGGCAUGGGACCACCUCUCCAUUGCACUGGCAUCUGCCAAUAGCUGCCUUAAUCCCUUACUCUAUGCCUUCAUGGGGAAAAAUUUUAGGCAAAAGGUACAACAGUCCAUGCAGGGCAUUCUGGAGGCUGCCUUGAAUGAAGAGCUCAAUCCAUCUUCUAGCUAUCCCCAGAACAAAACCUCACUGACUAAAGACAUCAUCAGCACCACUGUUUGAGAAGACGGAGAAGAGGCACCAUGAAGCUCCAAAGGGUUAUGUCCUGGGACAUGUUUUACAUUGGAAGAUGUUAUGGUAUUUAGGAGAUUUGGGAUGGAACCAGAUGGUUGGAGGGAACCUUGAGAAAUCAUCCCAGAUGGUGGGAGCACUAUCCUAAGGACCUACUCCAUAGAAGAUGAUUUAGUUUUUUAAAUUUAAUUGGUUCAGUGAACUCGGGCUUUAGCUAUUGAGGGAACUUCCUCAAAAAGCACUCAGGAACUUCCUGAGUACAAAAACAGCCAGGACAUGAAGGGCUAGAGGCCUUCCCUCACAUUUCUGCACACAGACCAAUAGCAUUACUAACAUCAGCAUAGCAGAGCUAUGCUCAGAUGAGUCGAACUUAUAUCCUGGAUGAACAUCCUUCCCCUGCUUUGAAUGUCCUCCCCU